AUGGUGCGCCGCAGCGAGGCGACGAAAGGGGACAAGAAGGGCUGCCGCAAGGGCGGCAAGCUCGCGCGUGGCCGCGGCGAUGAUGGGGAGAGACAGCACCCCGGGAAACUAAUGCUGAACAACCCACUGAUUCCACCCGAGCUGGACGAAGACAUCGACGACGACCUCGCCUUCAACAGCGAGGACGAGCGCUUGUACGGCGACUUUUUUGCCGAGAAAGUCUCCACAAAGCCGAAGCUGUCCAAGAAAAAGUCGUCGGCACGCCCGUCGCGCGACUCCGCCGCACGCAACGAUGACGGCGACGACGAACUCCUGGAGGAUGGCCUCGCCGUGGUAGGUAAGUCUGAGAGAUGCAGGUCUCCAUGCAAGGGCGCAAGGAGGAAAGACAAUCGCCGCGGGGCAGCGGAGGCUGAUGAUGACCUCGACACCGACCGCAAAGACGCUCAAAGCAGCGGUGACGAUGAGGACUACAUUGACCUCAGCGACAUGCUUGACAUGAGCCUGAAGGCAGAUAAGAAAAGGAAGCAGGCAAAGCGGAAGAAGGCAACACGAAUGACGGAGUCAGGCACGAAGGUAGUCAGGAAGCGUCGAACCUCGCAGCUGACAGACGAGCCGGAGUCCGUGUUCGGCCUAGCAGACACCUCGGAAAGCGGCGGGGCGACCUCGUACACGGGCGCGAUGCAGCACAUAAUGCGACAGAGGGAGGCGUCCGCGGGACACGACAUGGAGGCGGUGAGGGACCGCAUCAAGCGCUCGCACCAGAGCAAGCACAACCUCGUUGCAGUGGACGCAGACGACCUGACGAAGGACCGUCUCACACGCAAGGAGGUGCGCGCCAUUGUGGAUGAGGCAAUGGAGCGCUACACGCCGGUACUGAAGGAGCUGGACUCCGCGAAGCACAUCCAGUUUCCCAUGCACCUCCCAGACAGCAUCCCAAUCGCUUCGUCUGUCGGCGGCAUCGUUGCCGCCGCCGAUGCCCAGUUCCGUUCCGACCGGGCCGUCACGCCGGCCCAGUCCAGCUCCUCCGCGUAUCGCCUCGGCAGCAAGAUGGAUGCGCUGCUGUCCAAGGCGGGCCUUUCGCGUCGCCAGGUCGGCGACGAGGCCGACACAUCGAACUCCAUCGGUAACUACGUAAAGUUUGACGACGUCGUUGUCGAUGGGGCGCAGCACCAGGGUCUGGAAAACGGUGAGGCCCCAACCACUGGGUACGUUGCAAAGCUGAAGGCGAUGCUGGCGUACGAGAACAGCCGCCGCAAGCGUCUUAAUCGGAUCAAGAGUAAGACGUACCGGCGUAUUCUUCGAAAGGAGAAGGAGCGCGAGAAGGAGCGCCGGCAGAAGGCGUUUGAGCUGCUACAUCCGGAGCUGGCUCGCCAGCGACUCGCGGAGCGCCUGCUCAAGUCCCGCGUAGAGGAGCGUGUCACGCAGAAGCACAAGAACACAAGCGCAUGGGUGAAGCACGCGAAGCGGUUUGCGCAGUUCGACGAGAAUACGAAGGACGCCAUCGAUGACCAGCACGCGAUGCACCAGCGGCUCAUGCAGAAGAUGGAGCAGGACGCCGGUGAGGAAAACUACGAACGAUACGUAGCCGGCGACAACGAGAGUGAGGCCUCCAGCGAGGAGGAGCGGACUGUGGACGCGCUCAUCGAAAAGAUCGGCGCGCCUGGCGGGGCACCUCUUAGCCGGCAAGACGUCAAGAGCAUCCUCUGGAGCAGCGUCGACGCAGUGGAAAACGACGAGAACGCUGCCGCGGGGACAACGGCAAGCCCCAUAUCCAAGGCACGCGCGGAGCUGCGGGAGAUGAAGUUCAUGAAGAACGCGCGCGAGCGGGAGGAGAAGGACUACGAGGAUCAGCUCGAGGCUCUGCGGCGCGAUAUUGAAGCGCACCAACGGGAGGAGCGCGCCGGCAGCGAGGCGCAGGAGGGAGAGGCGGAGGAUGGAACAGGGCUCACGAGGAAGACAUCGAGCAGCACAGCACUGCCGUCCACCGCGGCCGGCCGCAUUACAUUCAGGAAGGGCAAGAAGUCCGGUUCUGUGGAGCAGAUUCAGCUGCGGAGGCAGAGCGGCAUUUGCAUCGAGGCCGACAACCACGGCGCGGAGUCCUCCGGAGACGAGUCGGAAGACGUAGAGCUCGGCUCUGUCGUCUCCGCUUCGUCGGUCGAGGACGGCGGAAAGUCCUCGCCCCUGGCAGCAAGUGACCCCAACGGACGUCUAGAGGCACACGGCUCGGGAAAGGAGAAGACAAAGAAGUCGACGCGGUCGGCUCAGCCAUCAUCCGAGUUUGCUGGCGCCCGCAAGGACGCUCCGCUGGAACGGGGCUUGCUAGCGAAGAAGGCGACAUCGACCCGAUUCACCAUCUUGCCCAAGAAGCGUGCGCGUCCCGGUGACGACGCGGCAGCGGGGGAGUCGAUGCCGUCGGCCAGCACACUCGUGGACUCGGCGAGUGCCCCUGAGGAGGAUCUGCGACUGAACCAGGAGUAUCUCAUCUCGCGCGCCUUUGCCCAAGACGACGUGGACGAGGACUUUGUCAAGGAAAAAGAAUCGCAGGUAGAGACGAUCAUGCGGCCAGAGGACAAGAAUCAGAGCCUUCCUGGCUGGGGCGAGUGGGGCGGCGAGGACCCGGAGCUCAACAAGCGGCACCAGGAGGCUGUCCUGCAUCAGACGACGCAGCGGCAAAUCGAGAAAUCUUUUCUGCUGAAGAGCCGCGCCGAUGCCGCGCUGGAGCAUGUCAUAAUCAACCACGACGGCGUCGAGCUGGUGCCGAAUCGCAUGACCCUUCACAUGGUGCCCCGCCCCUUUUCCAACCCGCAAGAGUUCGCCCGCUCUAUGCGCCAACAGAUGGGGCCCGAGUGGACGUCCGCACUCUCAUUCAAAGAGGGCGUGCAGCCACGGGUGGAGGUGCGUCAGGGACAGUCGCUCCUCCCUCUCGACCUCUCUCUUCGCAAGCCGAAGGCGAAGACAAAGCGCAGAAAGACUGAGACGAUCCCUGCCCGCACCACGUAG